GAUCUAGAUCUAGAUUCUAGAUCUACCGAGAACUACACCUAUAUAUAGAUCUAGAUGUCUAAUCUUUUUUUAAUGUAUACAAUCAAAGUAGAUCUAGACAUCUAGAUCUAUAUACUAUAUGUUUCAAAUUCACCCCAAGACAGAUUUUAUCCUUUUUUAGCAGAUCACAAAUUUACUAAAACAUAGCGCGAAACGAAAGUAAACUUUUCAUCUUGGUGAAGAUGGCGACCGAUAUUGAUGAAACACUCAUUCAAGAAAACAUUGAAGAAUAUGUCAAUGACGACAAUAAAGUUGUGACGAUCAAAUGGUUAAGUUUGACUCUGAAUAUUCAAAUCAAUCAAGCUAAAAAGGCUCUGACAAAGUUUGUUAAUGACCAUAAAGGAAAGCAAUCUGAUGGUGAUAUUCAUUGCACAUAUUUUGUUGCUGGUUUGGGCAAAUCAGACAAUGGAGAACCAAUGCACAAGUGUUUUGUGGUGCCUGAUACCCACCUGCUGGAAGUGGAAAAGAGUUUAUCAGCAGUCACUAGCUGUCACAUAUACAGCAUCCAGAAAUCAAUACUAAAGAACUAUAUUCCACUUUAUAUGACAGACUAUGAUGUGAUAAGAGAGAAUAUAGAACAGUGUCAAAGUUAUAGCAGCAUUAAAAGUCCUUUGGUGGAACAGCGACCAAAAGUGGAAUAUAUGAAAUCUUUUGAAACAACUUCCAGUAAUACCAAAGUUUCCAUGUCAGAGGCAAAAUGUGUGAAACCAUCAGUAGCGACCACCAGCAAAGUAACCAACAACAAAAAACCAGAACCAAAAGGGAGUAUAGCCACCAUGUUUGCCAGCACGGAUAAAAAAAAUGAAAUAAAGGAAAAAACUGCAACGGUCAAAAAUGAGAAUGAAACCAGCACUGGAAAUAAAAUGAUGAAGCCAGUCGCCAAGCAAGCAGGUGUGUUGGCCAUGUUUAACAAACAGACAAACAAUAACACCAAGAAGAUAGUAACCAAAACUGAACCAGAAACUGAAAGCGUAUCAACAGUACCUACGAAAAAAACAGAUACAGUAGGAGCCAAAGGAACAAAUAAAAGACAAUUAGAUUCAGAUAAAGAGGAACCAAAGAGAAAACAAAGACGAAGAAUUAAAACAGAUUUUUUUGAUUCCAGUGAAGAUGAAAUUAGUGGUUCAGAGGCAGAAGAUGAACCAGACGAGCCAAUUGAUGUUGUGGAAGCUCAUGAGUCAGAGGCUGAGAUUAUCAACGACAGUACAGAGAGUUUGAAAGAUUCUCUAAACAGCGUAAACAGUGACAAGGAAAUGUCAGUGGACAAAAAUAAUGAUGACCGAACGAUAAAAAAUGAAGUCAAAACUACUGUUGUGUCCGGGGGAAAGAAGAGGAAAAGAACAAAAAAAGUUGUGACCAAAAAUGUCCUGGACGAUGAAGGAUUCAUGGUGACUCAGAAAGUAACAGAGUGGGUGAGUGAAACUGAUGAUUCUGAUUUAGAAAACGGUAAGACGGAAGAAGAAAAGAAGCCAGAAACAGUGCCAGCUAAAAGUUCCGUCACAGUAAAAGCUGAGCCUAAAGCUAAAAAGGCGGCCAAGAAAAACAUUUCACCACAGAAAGGCAAGCAGACGUCACUCAUGUCCUUCUUUAAAAAGAGCUGAGUAGAGACGGUUCUAUUGUAAAUGGAAGACAUUGCCAUGAAUGAUUGAUUGAAAAAGAUUAUGACUUUAGUGGCCUGACACGUGAUUGAAUGUGGACUAAUAUGCUGGCUGUGUUUUAGAAUGAGGACACAAUCACUUGUUGCUGUGUUUGUACAGCCAUUGUUACUUUUGAAUGUGUUGCAUGAUGGGAGAAGUGAGACAGCUGUUGAUUUGAUUGAAUGAGAAAUUAGACUCCAAAAAUGGCAUGAUGUGUACACUCAUGUAGAAAGCCUGAAAAGUAGUUAUGUAAGCAUUACUGUUGUGUUUAUUUGUACUGAGAUAAAGAAAGAACAAAGUCUUGCUUUAAGCAUUAUAUUAUUUCACUUUUAAUACAGUUUUAAGUCUUUCUAGAAAUAUAUAAUAGCAAAGUACUCAUUACAUUUCACUUAGUUGUGACAAAUUUUUAGUUGCUGGAGGCGCUUGUGACCUCCCUGAGUUGACAGAUAGUUAGUUGUUAGUACUAAUUUUUAAAAAAUCUGGAUUUCAAAAGUUGUGGUUUUGCUGGAAAAUCCUUUGUAUCUUAAAAAUUUAUUAUUUUUUUUUUUUAUAAAAAGCUUGCAAUCACUGAAUGUACUAAAGACUAAGUGGUGGGUUUGAUACUAAUGUUUCUGAUAUUGGCUCAAGUAAAUUUACUUUGCACAAAUAAUCUCAUUGGUAUCAUUAUCUCUCUUUGAGAAUCAUUCAACUUGUAGCGAUGCAAGAAAUAUAUUUUUAGCUCGUUACAAAAUCAUUACAAAUUUUGUUACACCUUUUCAUUUGUUCAAACUGCUUUGAGCAUGACAUGACUCAAUUGGUAUUGAUACUAAGAGUCAAAAAAAGUCUUUCUUGAAAGUUAGUUUCACCCCUAUCCAACCUCAGAGCUCAUUUCAUCUCUGCCUGUGGUCCCUUCUGGGGCAUAGACCACCAACCAGCUUCCUCCAGGCAUCUCGGUUCUGGACGAGUCUCACUAAAUGUCCUCACGUCUUGCCAAUCUGCUUGGCAUCUGCUUCCAAAAGCAGCAGAACCUCAUAGCUGGGUACAUUUAAAUCUCAAAUUAGAAAGCCUUUGUUCUGUCAAGAUUUGAACUUAUAAGCCUUAGAUUAGCAGGCAAAUGUGUUACUUUUUCUGCCACCUUUUGAAAAUGAGUCAUUGUUUUACUAAGUGUACAUGUCAAACUUUUGCCUGUUUCAUUAUUAAAUAAUUAAUGAGCUGUUUCUGUCCACGUGAUUGCUUAUUUGACUUUACAUUGAUUGUAGAUUUCUGAUGACUAAAAAAAAUUCUCUUUGUUAAAUAUGAAUUUUUUUUUCUGAUGUAUAAUAAAUGAUAUAUUUCUUUCAUAA